AUGUCUUCACAGCCACCUACCUGCAUGAACCUGCGCGUUCGCACGCCCGAGGAUGCGAGGGUCAUCUUCCACGCGGUGGCUCUGAAUAUACUUCCCCUCGUUACCCGCCGGCUGGACAACGAAGAGCGGCGAUCCAUCGCUAGCGGCUCCGUAUACGUCUGGGAAGAGCGUCAGAGUGGGCACGCCUACGCCGAUUCUCAUGGGCUUGGCAUCGAGCGUUGGACCGACUCCAUCCGCUGGGGCCCUUCUCGGGUUCGCGACGAAUUCCUCUUCUAUCACGAGAAGGAUGAUCAACAUGACGGGGAUGCUGCAGGGCGCGACGCGGAUGUGAAGACGCGCCGCCCGCGCGAGCCACUGGUCAAGCAGACGUACUCUGUCUUCAUCAACAUGGGGCACGGCAUGAAACGCAAGCAGCAUCUCAUCGCGUACUUCACGCAGAGCACAGUGAACUCGCUACAGACAAUAGACGACAUCCCUGUGCUGGCGAACCUUCCUGUACCUAUUGGGCUCUAUAUCGGUGCACGCGUAGGGAAAGGGCGCAAAGACCCAAAUGCGAACUCCUCAGUCAGCUACACGACGGCGUACCCGCGGCAGGCCUACGUCGACUGGCUGCAGCCACCAACACAAUACGGCGCGCCAGCACCCUACCCCCCUCCGCCGACCACCACGCACGACGGCUUCUCAUCGCGGGCCGCACCCGUCCAUCACCCCAUCGCGAACGAAAAGAAGGACCUGGCGCCACUGGUCUACCUGCAAAACGCGCCGCCUGCCCGACGGCAUCCCGUCGACGAGACGGCGCUGAUGGCCUUGACGCCGAUGUUCAGCGCGUGGGUGAUGUAG